CACGACUCUCAGAGGCACGACUCUGCACUCUGCACGACCAAGUGACCUGGCUGGCGACGUCUGACUGGACCAAUUGGUUCGGACACAGGUGAAGCGACGACGCAACUCUACACGACGUAUGCGCUUGCGUGAGCCCACGACAUCACCCGCGGUGGACCUUUGAAGGGCACUCGCGCAACUCGCUCGGUCGGGCAUGGUAUGUAGUAUUGUAUAGUAUAGAUGGCUUGCGCAGUCGUGGAAACGGAAUUAUGACCUAUCCCGGCCCCCUACCCCAUGGUCAACAGCUGGGGUUCAACCAGCAGAAUCAUCGCCAACCUCAUCCGCACCCUCAUCCGCAGUAUGGCGCCGACUCUCAUAACGCCUGGCCCAUCCCGCAGCCACACGCACAUACGAAUGGCCUACACCAACAGCAACAGCAACAACAACAACAACAACAACAGCAGCAGCAACCGCAUUACCAGAAUGGCGUGGGCGUAGUCUUUACGCCGACUAUGCAUCCGACUUCACAGCAGCCUCGACCCCUCCACUCGAGCCCAGUCCCGUUAGCAUCACCGCAUCAUGGAGUUCCGCUUCCGCAACUGUCACAUCCAAAUUCAAGCCCGCCGCUACCGCUUCCUCCUCAAUCCCAAACCCAACCCCAUCGGCAACACCAACACUUGCCAACAUCGUUGCCACCGCAACAGCAGCAACAUGCGAACUACCAGUUCCACAGCUACGAUGCUUCCCUUGACCAGCGGCCUUAUACACAGUCCUUACCCCAGAACGGCAUGCACCCGUCUGCUGCAAUGAUCCAACCCAUCCAGCAAUCUGCAAAUCACUAUGCGCAGCAACCACAGCUACAACAGUUGCAACAGCAACGGAUGGAUUGGCAACAUAUGCCCCCCCCGGGGUCUGUUGCCUCACCCUCGCCUUCAACACCUCAAAUCGCCCAACCCUCGCCUACGCCCACGCCUCAGCAUCAACCCCACAUUCUAUCACACAUCAGCUCGCCCGUGGUGGGCCAUUCACCACAGGUCCAACGUCAACAGCAUGCCAACUCGCCUGCCAUACCUCAUUCGCCUCACCUGCCGCCCCAUGCUGCAUCAAAUAACCAACACAGGGCGUCUGGGGUAGGCAGCCGCGUUGAUCAGGUCUCUAGGGUAUCUGCGAGCCCACGACUGACUUCUCAGUCCGUCACAAGAAGCCCAAGCGUGAGCUCCACAAGAUCGCCUGCCCUAGCUCCCGCCCUCAUCCCACAUCACCAGGACACGGCGUCACUCUUGAUCUGCUUAGCCGAAGAGUUCUUUACCAAAGCUCGAAGAGGUGUUCGAGAUGUUGCAGUGGCGCUGGAUGACCGGAAUGUGAAUGACUAUCAAAAGCUCGUGGCGACAGGCCUCGCUUGUCUCGAAGUAGCCAUUGGAAGCAACAAGUUGGGCCCACGCUUGGAAGCCCUGGCCCGACUUCAAUAUGCCAGUGUUCUGUGCACCGAGACAAACAAUGUCAUGGAGGCCGAAACCGCCUUGACGAAAGGCAUCACUCUUUGUGAGAGAAACUUAUUUGCCGAUUUGAAGUACUGCAUGCAUUUUCUGCAAGUCCAACUACUCUUCUCCCAGCGCAAGGAGAAGGCAGCCCUGAUUGCUGUAGAUGCCCGGAUUCGGGACGCUGAAGUGCUAAAACAUGCGCACUGGGUGUACGCCUUUCGUUUCUUGAAGACGUCAUUUUACUUACAAUCUCUCAACCCUACUGAAGCCCAUGCCUUGGAAAACCUUAGAGCCAUCAUGAUUUUAGCUAGUCAGAGGGGUGACCGUCCCAUUUUCGCCGUCGCCUCCUUGCUCGAGGCAUUGAGUCAUCUGAGAGCGAUGAAGGAUGACGCUAUUGUGCGUAUACAGGCUUGUAUUGCGCAGGCCUCUAAGUACCAAUUAGAGAACUUCAUGUCUAUCAUGCAAUUAGACGUGCUGCAGCUGGUCUUAGACCUUGCCUGCAGUCUACAACAAAAGUCACCCCACAUGAUCUUACAAAAGUUAAAGGCUCUACAGGAUAAGAUGGAUGCUUCCAUUAAGAAUACUAAUUGGGGUUUUCAAGACAGGCAGCUACUGCUUCCAAUCCACAAGCAGGCCGCCAAUCAACAAAUCGUCAGCCACGAUACUUCUAACAUAAUACGUCCGGGCGAUGAUGGUGAUGGCUAUGACUAUCUUGUUAUGUCAUUUUGGAGCAAGCUAGAAGCCUUUACAACUACAUACACAUACAGCGGUCUUGCUCUCCUGUACCAGCAACCCCGCAGUGACAAAAAGCUGUUUUCUCUAUGGGAGGAAGCCUUGAGCCAACUACGAAAGAAUCGGGCCAAAAUAAGAGGAUUUGCCCAUUGCCUGGAAGAUGCAGUCCAGCACGUAGGCUGGGAAACCGAGGCUACGUGUUACCUACAUAUUCUACGGGGCCUGCACCUCGCUACGUCGACGAAGUGGGAUGAGGUGAGGUAUUGUGUAUCGCAGUUAGAGGCCAUGGUAGUAGCCACGUCCGGGAGCACGGUGGCACUUUAUUCCAUGUAUCUUGCUGGCGUCUUUCACCAGGGAACCGGAAAUCUGGAUGCUGCGAUCAAUAUCUACAAUCACCCAAACUUUGGUCUCAAUGUUGAUGAGACGCGGGGGGCUCACCACAGGCCGGCUGAACUUGAAGUGGCCUUGUUAGCCACCUUCAACCUCAUAUGGAUCAUGCAGAAUCCACAUUAUCGGAAUGACCAACGCACACAAGAACUGCUUGAACAAUUACGUCCGCUUUGUAUAGAUCAUUCUAACAUGGAAAUCCGUACAGCGUAUAACCUUGUCAUGGCAGCCAUUCAGACGAACCCCCCGGUGCCUAUGACUGCCGUGAAGACGCAUAUUUCAACAGCAUUGAGUAAUGCUAAGAAUCUGGCUGAUGUUCAUACACUGUCCAUUGCCCUUAAUCUGAUGCGAGCCAAACUCUUCCAGAGCAUCGUCGGAGACCAGGCACUGAAAAGCGCAAAAGCAGCAUCGACUCAGGCUAGAAGAAGCGGCAAUACGCUAUGGAUGAGCGUGGCAGAUGGUAUGCUUUCACAAAGUUACGAAGUCCAAGGUGCAAUGGAAGAUGCGCAAAAGGCGUGGCAUGAUGCCACUCUGUUUGCCAACCAAGCCCUGAGGACGAGCGGGGAUUAGUCUCUUGAUAGGAGUAAGAUUUUCAUCACAACCGCAUCGCCAGUUCAUUAGUAUGAUGGAAGUUGAGACGUUCUGUAUUAUAAUAAUGGUUUUUAUAUGUGGGCUUCGAAUUGCGGGAAUCAGUCAACAGAUAUAUGCAUG